AUGACUUAUAGACCGGCAGUAUCACUCAUUGUUGCAUCAGUUGUCAAAAGUGGUUGUAACCUGUUAGCGUCAUUUUAUUCAGUCAUGAAGAAAAGACCAAAACUUACUCUGAUUUUCGAUGAAGAGAAAAGAAAGGAAUAUCUCACUGGAUUUCGAAAAAGAAAGCUAGAACGUAAGGAAAAAGGACGUUUAGCAGCAGAAAAGCAGUUAAAAGAAGAAAUCAAGGCAGUCAAAGCAAAAUACAGAGAAGCUGCUCGCCAAAAAUUGGAAGGUAUCCAUUUGCCCGGAAUGCUAGAUUGUACUGAAAGUGUGCGUUCUUGUCAAAGUGAAAUUAUCGGCGGUCACAACGUUGUUAUUCAGGAACUUGAUAUUUCUAAUUGCCAUUACUUUAUGGGAGCUGCUUCCGAGGAACAGAAAUCUGAACCAAUCGAUUGUGUUGAAGAAACAAAAAUGUCGCUUAAGAAAGCACUCAAAAUGAAUCCAAUGAGAAGUAAAAAGCGAUUUCGUCGUUCAAAGAAAAAGCCUUGUGCUAAGAAUAGACGUCGACGCUAG